AAUACGCGACGCACUUAAUCGGUGCAAACGCUGACCAUUUAAAUCAUUUCGAUUACUACAUUAUGUGCUAUUUAUGCAUUUUGCAGUGAGUGAACUGUUUUAUAUCUCCGCUGGAUAUAAGAUCAUACAGUACUUACUGGAGCUGGAAGCAGUUUCUCUUUUAGCAAAGAAUACAACUUACUACGAAAAUGUCGCGUCAAACUCUGACACCGCUGAUACGGAGUAAUAUUAGCCCGAAAACCGGAUUGACCCGCAACAAACCCUGUUGCUUGCUGAUGGGCCAAACAGGAGCCGGUAAAACAACACUGGGCAACAUGUUAUGCGGCACCCAGCAUGUAUCGGGUGCGGCCACAGCCAGUUUGACGCGGGUACUGUUUCGGAAUGAUGUUUGCGUUGGGAAGAAUGCUUUUUCCGUUAUCGACACCCCGGGGACUGACAGCCAGAAGGAUACCUUCGAACAUGCGUGGCAGCUACGCGCCGGGCUAACAGCAACGGAGCUGAAUACCGUUUUCAUUGUACUGAAGUACGACAACCGAUAUAAUAACAUGAUUGAUCAUUAUCUUCAAGUGGAGCAACCUGUUGGCACGUACACCGAGAGAAUCGUUGUUCUCGUUUCCCAUAUGGAUAAUGCAGACGAUCAGAAUAAGGAGUUUCCCCUGAUCUGUGGACUGUUAAUGGAGACCAGUCCAAAAAUUGCCAACAUCAUCUUCUUUUCGAAGAAGAGCGAUCCUGAUACUAUAGCGAACUUGAUGUAUGCGUGUAUGACACAGAUGGCACCGACGCGGCUGGAAAUAUCGGAGGACGAUUUUUAUAAGAACUUUAAUUUGUAUCAAGUUAGAAUCGGUAUGAGACGAUCAUUCGAUCAGUACAAGAAGCAGGUGGAGAGUAUCUUGUUGGCCUAUGCGCUGGUCGUAGGCGAUGCAAAAAACGAACCACAAGAAGACCGGGACGAGCUGUUUCACGCGCUGAUUGUCCAAUUUAAGUAUGACCUCGAUGAUCUGUACGAGGAGUUUGUGAAUAAACAUCGCAAAGAUAUGAUCGAAAUGGACCAGUAUGCCUUGUCCGUAGAAUUUCAGAAGGAGAUUAUCAAGAACUGCGAUGAGUUCGUCAGCACGGUGACCCCGCUAAUGUCGUACAAUCUGUUCGAUAAUUCGGAUCCACGGAAUCAAAUUAAAGCGUGCCCGCAUUGCGGACAGAUCUGGUGGAAAACGGAAGGUUGCGAUGGUGCUACCGCGUGCGGUAACCGCGUCAGUGAAUUCUUUGAUCUCCGAAAGAGAGCCGUGUUCAAAUAUGUUCUGACGUGGGUUGACGGCAAGCUGACGUAUACCAAAAACCCGGUAACACAGCGGACAAACCCGGUUAACACCGCGAAGCCUUCGGGAAAAGGAGUCGGAUGUGGUCGGGCUAUUGUGUGGUCGGAGCUACCUAAAAUCAGUGACAAGAUCGUAUUCCAGAUCUUCGAGGUGAAAUCGUGGGACGAAGUGAAGAGCAUUAUAAGAAGUGAAGGAUACCAGAGGGCAGAGGCCUGUUAUAGGCGAAAUAUCGACACAUCGUUCCACACUUAAACUUGCUUAAAAUUGGUCGGGAGCCAUUCGACACGCUGAACACCACAGAAGUGGCCACAGACGUUCUAGUACAGAGUGUGAGAGCGAACGCUGUUUUUUACUAUGCAUUAUGUUGCUGGAUGAUUGAUAACGUGAAUUAUUUUUAGCAGUUACUGUGUUCAUCUCUUAUCCCGUUAAUAUGUAAUUGGUCCCUAAAACCACACACCUGUCUUAAAAGAAAGUCGGUAAUCUGCACCGUCCUUAUAUUUUUUAGUAUGAUGCUUUUCUACAAUUUGGAGAUUUAUUGAUUUUUGCUUCCUUUGGCUUUCGUGAUUAGAUAAUACUGUCAUCGGUAGAA